GAUAGCUACUCGUUAUAUAAGUUCAAAGAUCCCAGAACGAAUGAAAAAAGUCAAUCACUUUUGGAAACAACUGAAGCAGAUUACCUAUCAGGGAACGGUAAAAAGCGAGUGCCGCAACCAGAGCGCGAGGGGAAGAUCGGAUUUGGACGGCUGAGAUGGCGACGGAGAAGCAACAGUUGCGAUAGCGAGACUACGGCGGCGAACGAGGAGGAAGCUAAAGGAGAAUUGAAUCUGAAAUCCAUAAAGGCUAUGGAUCGAAAGCUUAUUGACUCAGAGAGAUGGAAGAGAGAUGGAUGCAGGCAGAGACGGGGAUUUUCUCUUUCUUUUUUA